AUGCGCAAACCAAUGCGUAUCACAGAACCCACCGGUCAACAGGAUUGCUAUGGGCGCUGGGACGCAAGACGGUCGAGUCUUUAUCUCGUGCGCUUGUUUCCCAGCAGAUCAAGCUCCACCUUCGACAAACCCACCUCCGCAGUCUUGCUCAACGGUCUGUGUGCGGGACGGAUUCUCCUGACCUGGACGGUGUAUACAGUCUCUAUUCAAUUGGAUUCGCCGGCCGUGACUGGGCCGACAAAGGGAACUGCCGUGGGAGCAGGGAAUAAAGUGGAUGGAGGCAGCCGACAAGGUGUGAAUCUCGCUCCAAUCAUCUUUGGCGUUGCGGUGGGAUUGGUGGUGAUCGGAGCGGGAGCUGGGUUCUUGAUGUACCGGCGUCGUAAAAGGGCAAACAUCAGUCCAUUCCGUGAGCGAAAAGUCGGGACGAUUAAUAAAGGAGACUCUACCGGACCAGAUGGAAACGGUGGGGACAUGGAACGAGGAUAUCGAGCGCAAACAGAGUAUACAAACACUGCGGGGGGUGUCCUGGCGAUGCCGAAUGCUGAAAUGCAAAUGACCGAGCUGGACUCGCGCAUGAGGCUGCCGAAUGGUGGAGCUGGUUUACCUCCACCCGUAGGCCCAGUCAGUGACCGCAGCAUGUUGGUGGCAGGAGCCGGACCAGUAGCAGCUGUUCGCGCAGACAUUCCCCAAGGAUCGCAGCAAGGAUCAUUGGAAAGAACGGUUCUCGCGACAGGAAAUACCACUGUCCCACCAAUUCAGGCCUUUGAUCCUCCUAAACCCAUAAACCAAUCCCAACCUAAUGCCCCACAACGCGCGGCCCCCUUCCCCCUAUCCGUGGAUCAAAUGGGUUCCCUCGAACGAGCCGUAUUGACAGCGGCCAGUUCGGUCGCUGAACCACUUGCCGAGAAUCCUACGGCGCCUGCAAGACCAGCCCUCGUAAAUUCUGCCAAUGUCAUAACAGCCAAUAUGGCCAUCAUCCCAUCCAUUCCCCUCUCCGUCUUAUCGUCAGGAAAGAAAUCCGAUACAUAUACACUGCCUCCGCAGCUCCGUCAAGAGAAUUUUGAGGAAUUUGAGAGAUCGAAUGUAGUCCAAAAUCAACAAAAGUCGCGUGACAAGCGCCCGGAUUCGGGUCUGGGUGGUUCGUUGGAACGCUCCUCUAUUCUUGGUUUGGUUCCCGACGUCAUGCCUACCCCGCCACCCCGUGCGCAAUCGGUCAGGCCGGGCACGACGGAGCCAAAGAACGCACAGUCCAGUGUUAUUCCCGAUUUUGGACAGCAGCAGCAGCAGCAAAAGCAGGUAGGACCCAUGAGUAAGAAUCCCGCCACCAAUGCCCCACGGACAACGACGACUGUUUCCCAGCGGAGUGAGAAAUCAGAGACCCAAAAGGCAGAUAAACCAGUGACUGCACCAGCUGCUGAACCCAAUAUACAAAAGAGGGGCCCUGUUCCGAUAUUGCAGGCUCCACCGAGGAAAGUCAAGAAAAAUGGCCAAAAUUCCGCUUCCCAGCAGCCCCAAAACCCGACGCUGACAACCACACCUUUCACUCCACCCCAAGGCCCGCCGCCUACAGAGGAGCUCCCCAUUCCUGCAUCGGCAAACGUACCACUCUCAAGUCUCGAUCGUUCCCUACCGCCGCAUUCACUACCCCCUACCGCAUCCCGUCCGCCUGCUUUCGAAAUCCCUCCACCAACCCGCCCAGCGCCAACUCAGCCUCCCAGCCAGCAAACCUCUGCGAACUCCAAUCCCCGCAAAAGUACAGCAGGCACACUGCAGAACGGACAGCCCAAAACCAUCAAAAUCGAUGACCAAAUCAUGAAGGAUGCUUCUUCACGCGUCGUUUCGGUGCGAGUGAGCUCGUUACCAGAGACUCGCAUACGUGAGGAUGAAAAGAUGCUUAUGGGCCGGCUUUUGAAGCAAGGUGAAGCCACAAUGACUGAGCAGAGUCAAUCGUCGGGAAUGCCAACGGUGCCCACGCCAUCGCAAAAGGAUGUUUCUACACCUGGAUCUGGUCGGACGGAUGACGCUAAACCAGUACACAACCCGCAAGCGGCUCUCGAAGCUCUUUUGAAGAUUGAGCUCCCCAAACGGGUGGAAAGGCGACUAUCAAGCCCAGCAAGGAAGACGAAUAAAGGUUCAGUCAGUAAAGUGGAUGAACCAGAUGCACGAGCGCCACAAGACCAACUUGGUCCACCUGGCCGCUCUGAUACUCUAACCAAUGCACCCCAACGCGACGUGAGCGCUCUCCCAAAAUCAUCAGACCCAUCCACAUCCCAACCCACAGUCAAACCCGAAACGAUGCAGCGCGCCAUUGACCGAUUCCGCGACAUUGCACGCGCGUCAGCAGAACUCAAGAACCCCGUGCCAAUGCAACGCGCCGUGGAUCGCUUCAAAGAAGUCCAGGGGACAUUGGAGAGGAAGCGCGAAAGGGCGAACCAAAAAGAAGCAACGCAAGUAACGGAACCCGUUGAGGACAAUUCGUCAAACGUUCCCGUCAACCCAUCCAAACCCCUCCUUCCAUCCUUGGUCCCCCGUUCAGAUAGUACUAGUAUGGGAUCCGUCCGUCCAACAGAACGAUCAGUACAAAUAUCAAGUACACUCCCACCGGCCGUGAAAGCUGUAUCAGGAGGAUCAUUGGAUCGGCCAGUAGGUGGUCCUACCCCAUCUUCAGUUCGUACAGUUUUGGGUCCUCCCCCUUCUACCGUACCCGUACCACCCACGAGGAAUGCCGUACCAUUGCCUCCUCCCAUUCGCGGGGAACCCAGCCUUGAGCGGGCGUCAUCGGUACGCACGAUUGGACCUUCCAUGGGGUCUUUACCGGCGCUAGGGGAUGUGAUGCCUCCUCCCUUGGCUCGGACUGAAGGUCCUCCGGCAUCCUCGGUACGAAGUUUUCCUCCUCCGCCACCUGUGGCGCCGGGACCGCAAAGAGUGAAGAGCGAGUUGCCCCCUCCUAUUGGAUCAUUGCCGCCAUCUAUGGGGAGCGAUCUACCGCCUCCAGUGGAGCGUAACCUAGAGCCGACGGGACCAAUGGUUCGGUCCCUCCAAUCGGAGAGCUCGAUGAGGACCGUCUUGCCACCUCCUAUUGCCCGUGCACCACCAAGUACAUCUGACCUUUUGCCUCCGGUUCGAGCAACAGGGGCAAUGCAGCGGGCGUUACCGCCUCCUACGGCUGACCUUCCACCUCCUCCUCCUUCUAUUCGACCAACAAGGCCAAUGGAGGGGGGUCCUGCUGACGUUCCUCCCGCUGUCCAAGCAACCGGCUCCUUUUACAAGGCAUCUCCACCUUCGCCAAACUCUCCACCGAGAAGCGCCUCACCACCGCAGCCAAGAGCAAGCACCAUAGUCCCCGCCGCACCCCUCCGCUCCACCCUCAAACGUUCUGACCAAAAAUCCAAAGUCACCAAAUCAGUCCGAUUCGAAAUUCCCGCUCCGAACCGCGAUUCUCGUCCCAUUUCUGUACGGCAGAGUUCUCUUAUUAAUGCUCAACGCAUGCGUGCAGCAUUUACUACAAAUGAUCCACGCGGACAGCGUGUGAGCAGCUUGGCGAAUCAGCGGGGUCCGGUAUUGAAUGCCUAUGCUAUUGGGCGUCAGGCGGCGGUACCCAGACAACUUGGUGCUGGUAGAGACAGUGUGAGAGGAUCCGGUAUGGUGGAAUACGACGGUGGAGCAAACAGGGAUAGUCUCAGGACAAGAAGCGUGAAUCUAUCUGCGCCUCCUGCAUGGAUCAAAAUGAGACGGGAAUCCAAUAUGCCGAGUCCUAUGCUGGCUGGCCCUGAAGAUACGCAGAGUUUGGUGAAAGAAGCACCCAAAGCGCGUCUUGCACAGCCUGAACCCGUCCGUCCUCCCACACCAGUAAAGAAGGACGAAAGCGAGCCUCAACGUGGUCCAGCCACACCUGUCCCAACAUUCUCACCGGAACCACCCUCCGUACCCAGCGAUGAAAUGGAAAAUGUAUCUUCUCCAAUUGUGCAAGUCUUACCGCCUUUGGGCCGCAUCACAUCCACUGAACCAUCACCGAAUGUUCAGUCCAAGGACGCUUUCACAAGAGGGUACGCGUCAAGUAACUCUGUAUCAUCAGAAGACGAGCUAGAGUCACCGUCGUCAGCUGCGUCGGAACUUAGUGUCAGUCUCAACCAUCCAGCCCCUCCCUCUCCUGUUCAAGAACUGGACGACGCAGAGCCGGUUUCUUCCGAGAUGGAACAACCAGGUCUUGAAAUACCCAGUUACUCUACCGCAGAAGAACCUGAAGACAUUCCCUCGACAAUGCCAUCUACCCUUCCUACACCUUCCCAAACAAGCUCCACCACUAGCUCUCAAGCGUCACCCGACGCGCGCAUGUCCUUUGCUAUAUCCGAAACUCAAGGCAGCGAACGCACCUCCAACUUCUUUGACGCAUUCUACCGUCCUACGUCUUCUCUUGUUAGUGACGAAUACCUUCGAGGGACAGGCCUGCAAUCAAAUAUGGAUAUGAUUGACGGGGAUGCAGAUGACGAGCGCGAAGAUGAUCAAGUGCGCCGCGGUCCUUUGGUGGAGGUGGAGUUACCUGAGCGGAUUCCAGUCGUUGAAACAGAUCAUGUUGAGGCGCAUUUCAAUGAUGCGGAACCGCCGUUCCUGAUGAAUGGUUUGGCGGUCGCGUCGGAGGUAUCUGCUUCGUCGUCGAUGGCACAUGACGAGGAUAACCUGAUGAGGCGUUCGGAAUAUUCGCAAGAGUCGGAUAUGGAGAGCCAUGUGACGGAUAUGUCAUUGACGGCUCCCGAUGAACAGGAUGAACCAGAAGAGACUGUCAUCCAGGUGGUUCAAGGGGAUCUUUCAACUACCCAUUCCUCAGUGCUGAUAUCUAUUAUCGAUGAUGAGAACAUGGGGUACUCUCAAGCGGAGUCGUCAUUCUUGGAGGACGUAAAGGCAGCUCUUCCUUUCUAUGAGGAGGCAGAGAUGUCACCGCCCAUCAUUACGGUCCGCGUGGGCGAUACAGAGGAUACAGACGAGGAUGAGGACGAGUUGAAUGACACACAGAUGAGCUCUAGCCGGUCAUCCUCUCCCAAAACGGUUGAUGAAGAGGACGACACGGACACUGCAUCGCCUGCAGACCUUCCUCAUGCCCAGGAUACCAACAGAGAAGAUGACACUGAUGCUGAAAUACAAGAACAGGGACACACGACCCCUCCAACUUCCGUUACGGAGAGUGCGAAUGCGUCCGUGAACCCCUCCUUUGAUAUGCUAGAGUACGACAUGACACUCCCUACAUCAGCAACAACUGAUCCAAGUAGUGACAAUUCUGGGAAAAAUUUGGAAAGCAACUUGAUAGAUGAGGGUUUACUCUGGGUUGAAUCCGUCAAGGAUGAGGAUAUGGAUAUCCUAUCUCCGGAAAUUGAAUUUAGCGAGCAGGAUACGGACGAAGAGGAUGCGAUCGCUUCUGUUCCAGACACCACCAGCGAGAAGCAGUUCUGGGCAGAAGAUCAAGUGACACAGUCUGGCGACCUUCCUAGACAAGUGCCAAGCAUCGAAGAAGCACAGCACAUUGAAAUGGCUCUUCCUGUUGUGCAAGUACAACGCCCAGAAAUAUAUAUGGAGACCAACAUCGCAUGGUCGGAUGCACGCUCCGCAUCUCAGCCGACCGCUCUCGCAGAUCACGACACUGACGAAGAGCCUGCAAGAAGGGUUACAUCGACUUCAGAACAGGUCGCCGAGUUCACCGAAACAUCUAAUGAGCACGACGCGGAAGCAUGGGGCCCCAGCUCCGCCACCGUCAAGAGAACAAGGACUUUACUAAAUAUGUUUGCAAAAGGAGGCAAAACCUCCAAUCAACUGUCAAAAGAAGCUGCACUCUCUCAGGAGCUAAAUGAAGUUGACACCCUCCCUGUUCCCCCUACUCACCAUCACGAACCGGAUAUCAACUACGCACUUUCCCCCAUCUUUUCGUUACAGGACGGAUAUACCGGUAACGACAUGCUCGCAGACAAUCCAGCCACCUCCCCCGUCGACAACAUGCCAUCCGACACGCAAGAUUAUCUAUUCCAGAAAUCAUUUGCACAAAUCGAUGAUGGAAUGGACACGGAUGUAGAAAGCGCCAAUGAUUCGUUGCAGAGCCCAAGUCCAGCCACCAAACAUGGAACUGAUGUAGUGGAACGGGUUCCAUCUCCUGUUGCGGAUAUCGCUGUCCAAGAAGCAGAGCAAGCAGCUCCGGUGUCUCCUCUUAAGGAACAAGGUCCCACUGCGACGCAUCCUCUAUCCCCUUCUUUCUCCUUGGAUGGAAACGCACAAGGUACGCUUGAGUCCCCUUCCCCAGUCCCAUCCUUCCACCUCGACGAAGCAGUAGACGAACAAGAUGAAGACGUCGAGUCUCCCCUUGCUUCUCCCAUCGUUGCGACAGGAGAGUUCAACAUGUGGCCUGCGGUUGAUGCCAAUGAGAAUCAAGACGUGCAGGAAGGUGUAUCGGAACUAGAUGAGCAUGCGGUGCUUGUCAAAGAAUCUGUUGGGCAGGAUGAACCUGUUGAUAUGCCCGUAGAGAAACAGAAUGUGGAUGUGAAUGAGGUACGGGAUUUCCAAGAGGAUGCAGACUUGAGGGUACCGGUUGAGCAAGUACUUGCGAAUGAAACCGUUGUUGCACCGGCUGAAAAUAUCGACAUGGCUGUAUCAAAAGACCAACCUGUGGUCACUGAGGAAACCGUCGUGCAGAAUGGUAUGGAGGACUGGCCGAUGCUAGUGGAACCAACUGUAGCUGAGAAUGUGCAAGCUGAACGUCAUGACAACGACUUGUCGGUACAUGAACAUCAAAAUGCAGAUGUGAUUGCAGAAAUCGUUCCGCAAGAUAUCUUGGAUGAUGUGAUAGUGCCAGAGGAGCAAGUUGUACCACCUACUGUACAAGACCACAGUAUCGACUUGGCCGUAGAGGACUCAACUGUCGAUGUGAUUGAGGAAUCUGUCGUGCAGAGUGACAUGGUGGAUUGGCCGUUACCAGAGGAACCUUGUAUGGAUGAGAUUGUGCUAUCUGAACCGCAUGACAACCACUUGUCGGUACAUGAACAUCAAAUCGCGGAAAGCGUUGCGCACAGCGACAUGGAGGAAGUUGUACCACUCACCGUACAAGACCACAGUAUCGACUUGGUGGUAGAGGACUCAACUGUUGAUGUGAUUGAAGAAUCCGUCGUGCAGAAUGAUGUGGUGAACUGGCCGUUACUAGAGGAACCUACUAUGGAUGAGAAUGUACUAGCUGAACCGCAUGACAACCAUUUGUCUGUUCAUGAACGUCAAAUCGCGGAAAGCGUUGCACAGGCCAGCAUGGAUGAUGUGACAGAGCUACGGGAGGAAGUUGUACCGCUCCCUGUACAAGACCGCAGUAUCGACUUGGCUGUAGAGGACGCAACUGUCGAUGUCACUAAGGAAUCCGCCGUGCAGACUCACAUCGUGGAUUCGACAGUGCCCAAAGAGCUAAUUGUGGAUGCGCAAGAAUUGGCGCAAGGUGACAUGCUAGAUUCAAUAUUCCUCGAAACGCCAUUCAUGGAUGACGUUGAGGAGGAUUUGGUAGAAGAUGACUCGAUGGAUUUGAUAGUGUCUGACGAGACAGUAGCCGAAACGCCAAGUAUGGAUGAAAACGAAAAUAAGGUCACAGCAGAUGACGUGAUGGAUGGAGCAGGAGAAGAUCAAGUGCAAAUCGUGCAUGAACAAGAGAAUGAGGAGCAGGUCAAGGAUGACGUUGCCGAGACGUUCCAAGUUUCCACAAUAGAGACGGACCUAUUACCAUUACCUGCUUUCGAACGUGCCGUGGAUGAACACACAUCACCGGAGAACAUACAUGAGCAUCAAUCCGAUAAUUCCAACGUUCCAGUUACCGUAUCCGUCGCAGUGCACAAUGAGAUACCAUCCCAGCCCGACCAAGACAUCAAGGAACAAAAAGAACGUCAAGCACGCCCGAUUCGAGUCGGUUCCAAAAUCCCCUUGCCAAGGCGCUCCAUUGAUAUGCACACGGCACCCACAUUAACGUUAACUGUUCCUACCUUGCCCAAACAAGAGGAAGAAGAUGAAGAAGAGCAUGCAAGUAGUGGGGCGAACCACACUGUCGAACCAAAGUCGCCUAUUUCUUCUCUUGUUGUUGAGGAGCCCACUGUCUCAUCCCCCCCUAUCCCUCUCGAACCCAAUAACGAAAUCACCGUGGUGGACAAUGACACGGAAAAAACAAACGAAAUUAUCGACACUGAAACCUCUACAUCAUCCCCCGACCCAACCACCCCCGCAACCACAGCAUCCUCAGGUUGGGGUACCCGCAUGCGUUCCUACUGGUGGGGCUCACCCAAACCCAAUGACUCUGAACCCAUCCAACAACAACAACAACAAGAACACCAAAAGCAAGACCAACAACCCACACCAACUGAUUCAACCCCCUCCGAAUCCCCAUUACCCCUCACAACACCCUCCCUCCUCAAAACCCUCGAAACAACCCUAACAACCUCCCAAACCCUCCGCACAAAACCCCCCAUCUCAACCCCCUCAGCCGAAUCCCUUAUCCAAACCCUUCGAUCGCAUAUUCAGGCGAUUGAUAAGUUGAUGAGAGAGGAUACGGAGGGUUUGAUGGAGUUGAUGGAAGCUAAAGUCCGUGUACGGGCUGAAUUGGAAGAGUUGGAGGAUGUGUUGGGUUUGUAGAUAGUCUAUAAGUAGUUUUUCUUUUUUUUUAUUGUUUUUUGUGCAGUUGUAGUUUGGUUAGGUUAGGUUUUUUUUUUUUUUCUGGUUCUGCUUUUUUUAUUUUGUUUGAUGUGUGUAUGUAUGUAUGCUUUGUUUUUUGAAUAUGAGAUUACCUUGUGC